GCACAUCUUGUGUCUAGGGAGACCACAUGAGAUAAGGAAUGUCUAGCAUGGCCCCCACCAUCUACUUUCAUCAUAUUAUUAGCUGUGUUUUCUCUCCAAGUUGGAAAGAGUCUCCCCAUGCUUAGAUAGGUUGUAUGGUUCAGUUUGGCUUUCAGCCAAGCCCCAAAGAAAUGAUUACAGUAGAAUUCUCUGUAUUAUGAGAAUUUUCCAAGUCUACUCCCUACAGAUGCUGAUGGAGGCAAAGAUUUUAUCAAGAGGACGUAUUUCUUAUCAGACCAUAGUGGCUUAAAAGAGAAUAUUAGAGCAGAUUAGAGCAUAUAUAACUAGGUAAUCUUCAGCACCACUGCAAGCUCAGAACUUGAUCUUGCCUGAGUGCUUGGACCCAGGAAAGAACCAUGAAGUGGUGGUGGCCCUCUCAGACUGCAUAGUCAUAAUCCCUCUAACAAAGAUGAAGACCAUGUGAGAAACCCUCAGGGAAAAGUUGCUGAAAAAUUUCUCCGAGGAACAAACACACUUACAUCCUGUCCCAGAAUACUGCUGAUGACCAGAAACCCUCUUCUCAACCCCCGAGGAACUACAUGGAUGUGAGAGUGUUGAGAGGAUGGUGUUCUUCCCUAGAACUGCGAGUCUUCUGGACUUUUAGGGUGGAUUGUUGGAGCUGGGGCUCCUUCAGGAGGCAGAAACACUGGGGAACAAGGAUUCCACUCCCAGAGGAGAAGACACUCUCAUCCUCAACUCUUGGUCUGUGAUGACUGGGCCCAGCACUGACCAGGUGGCAGAUGAACGCAGUAGCUUUGACCCUCACUUGUCCACUACCUUUAUACUCAUGGGUCAGCCCUUCAGUGUCAACUAUAGUACUUGGUUGAUCAAGAAAUUUCUUGGCUAUGGCAUUGCUCAGAUCGAGUACCUUGUUGGUGUGACCCAGCCACUCAGCCUAAGCUAUGAAGAGUACAGGUUCAAAAAUGCACCCUUUGAUGGCAUCCUGGGCUUGGGCUACCCAAACCUCUCUGUUGGAGGGACUACUCCCAUCUUUGACAACCUGAAGGAACAAGGAGUCAUUUCUCAGCCUGUCUUUGCCUUCUACUUUAGCAGGAAAGUCUGAGCUGGACCAGCCCUCGCUCCAAAUCAGCUGUAUGA